ACAUUUUAAUUCUUGUGUCAGAAAUGGAUGGGCGUACCGGGCGGUCGUGUUUUGAUUUCAAAUUUGCCAAUGUCGUAAAAAUGUUAAAGUUUUACAUGUGAAAUCAGUGUUCACGAACUAUGAGUUAAGUUUGUGGUGAUUAUUAUAAGACUUGAGAUGGUUAAAUAAUUUCAUCAAUAUUAAUCGGCAUCAUCAAUCAUAAUGCAUAAAUAUUACUUUUCUAUGCUGCUGGUGAGAGUUGUCUUGCCAGCUGGACUACUCUUAAGUAUAGCAUUACGACCUUUCGGGCUUUCGUUAUUAUAUCUUCUCCUCUACCUGUUAGCGCCGCUGACGCAAAUACCCGAUCCUCAAACGUUCUCGGGAUGGGGAGGAAAAUAUCUACUUCUGAAUGUGGUCGUUUCAUUCCUCCUGCUGCUAUGUCACGCUGUAUGGCACAGCGUCCUGGCGGCUUUUACACCAUACGGCUCUCUUCUAAACGAUUAUCCUAUAAUACGUGAUAUCGGACAUAAUCUCGGUCUCGUGUCGUAUGAUGGCAUAGAGGCCCUAAUGGCCAUCCAUUAUUUGGCACCAGAGCUUGUCAUGACGGGAUCAUCAUUGGUAGUGUACAUUCUAGUAAGGAAAUUAUCAAAUGUGCCCGAUCCUGAACUACAGAAGAAAGAUUUCAAACAUCAACGGUAUCCACUUCUAACAAGUGCAGGAAAAUACUUGUGUUUAUUCCUUAUAAUGUUCUCCGGGAUAAUGCGGCCUAGUGUUACAUCGGGAAUUUACUUUCUCGUGUUUAUGGGUGCGGCUACUGCCUGGGCCGUUGGUCGUCCCUUGGAGAAGGGCUUUGCUGUUGUUGGAAGAUGUCUCAUGGCCAUAAUGGCAACACACAUAAUGGUUUUGCUUAUCUACCAGUGCUCAUGGCUAAUAGAACUAUAUCCCCCUGAAAUGGACUUUGCAAGGUACUUUGGCUUGACGAAAUUGGUGAUUAUUACCGAAAAAAAUCCAAUGGGCUUCAUUUAUGAAGUGACAGACGAUCAUAUGUGGGCAACUCUAGCUAGUCCACUGGUUAUACUCGUCACGUAUUAUGUUCUAGCCAUCGAGACACGAGAACUCUUCAAACCCAAGGCGAAAAAAAAGAGCGCCCUGACCGGUGUAGAGGGUGGCAAAUUGAACGGGUCUCUGGUCCGAGGGGUGUCGUUUCACCGCGGCAGCCGGCGAGGCGCCCGCGACAAGUGGAUGAACGCCACUAAAAAAGUCCGACUAAUGCGGAACAUAAGUCCGAAUAAGCGUUGGUCAAGUAUGCGCUCUGGAUCCGUAACAAGACAGCUGCACCAAGAUUCUACUGGGUCUGUGGUAGUACCGGAUGAAGAAUCUAUAAUAGAAGAAGAGGAACCCACUCUGUUGGAUGACAUUAUCGCUGCGAUAAUUGAUUUUUUCCAAGUCUUGAUCAGGUCCUCAUAUAUAGCGACAACAAUAACGAUGAUGGCUUGGAGCAUUAUGUUUCAUUCUUGGUUGACGUUCGUGUUCCUAAUGUGGGCCAACAUAGUGUGGCUGUGUCAGGACCAGAGAUCGUUCAUGUUGAAGACCAGUCCUAUACUGGUGUGCUAUGCAAUGUUACUGCUCCUCGCGCAAUACAUUUACGGAAUGAACCUGUUAGAGUCGGAAUUGCCAUCUAAUAUAACGGAAGUGAAUCUCCGUCAGAUCGGUGUGGGUCGUGCCGAGGGCGAGCCCUGUGUCCCGUUGUUGAUAAAAGCGUUGUUCACGUGCAUGUUCUGGGUGACGCUUCGGCAGCGAGUGCAAGAGAUCAGACAGAGACGACAAUCGGCGGUCAUAACAGAUAUGGCCGCCCCCCUCCAGCUGACCGUCUCCACUGCUGCUAGCGUGCUAGAGGCACAGAGGGAGGAGGAGAGCCGGUCCCGCUUGCUGCGCGCGCUCGGCGAGUGGCUGCGGGCGAUGUGCGCUCGCUACUGGAUCUACGUCGUGGUCAUCAUGCUGUUCGUCAUCGGCAUCACCGGGGACCGUAUGACCAUCUUCCGGAUCAUAUACAUGUUCCUGUUCCUCGGAUUUAUUCUCAUGUUUCAAAUAAGUUGGUAUUGGUGGCGCCGACUGAUGUACGUGUUCUGGAUAACAGUCAUCAUAUAUUCCAUGAUCAAUCUAAUUCUCAUAUACGUUUAUCAAUUCGACAAUUUCUCGAAGACCAUAGAAGAGUAUCUCCUGAUCAACGAGAGAUUACAACACGAUCUCGGCCUGGAACCGUAUCACCCCGCCGACCUGUUCGUCAAACUGCUAACACCAACGUUGUUCUUGAUAAUAACGAUAAUGCAAGUACACUAUUUCCACAAAGACUUCAUGGCGCUCUCGGAUCCUAAAACCAGAACCAACAGUGUAGUGAAAGAGCCGGAGUCCAGUCGACCGAGCCAAGCCGGCAUUUCGACAAUGAAAGAUGACCUUCCUCAACUUCCUUUAGAAGAGGAGCAGCCGCCCUCUGUGGAAGGUAGCAUGACGGAAGUUGAACAUUCACUAGAGAUGUCCUCGGUCAACAACGGGGCUAGAAGAUCUAUACACAGGAAGGCGUCGCGCAGUCGCUCGUACGCGCCCACGGUGACGGAGCGGGCGUCGAGCGGGCUCAGAGCGGCGCUGGCGGACGCGCUCAUUGCCGGCCGCCGCGCGCUGCGACACUGGACCGACAAAGUCUUCGUGUACCUCGACAUACACCUCAUCAAGAUCAUAUUUCUGUCCCUCAUGCUGCUCUGCGUUAUGAAUGUAUGCGCAAUGCACGUUCCCAUCAUGAUAAUAAUAUCACCAGCUCUGUGGUUCAGUUCGCGGAAACAAAGAAUAUGCGUGUUAUUCAUAUCAACUCUAAUAAGCGUUUAUUUUAUGGCGAAAAUGGUCUAUCAGAUUGAUUAUAUCAAACAUUCUUUGUUCGAAGUUAAUUGUACCUCAGUUGAAGCUAACGAGACAUCGACGAACAUAGUCACGAACACGUACAACAACGCAGAAUGGAUCGGGUUCCACAAGGCGACACGUGAGAAACCUCUAGUGGUUCUACUCAAAGGCUAUAUAGGACUGAUAGCUGUGUUUACGUUCUAUUCCUUGGUCACCUAUCGACAACAGACUAUAAGGGAAUUAGAGAUGACGCCUAAAGAGAGAGAAAAAGUGAUGUUCCCCGAUAUCACGCGCAAGGACGCCGACAAAGACUUGAUCCACUGCAUUAAAUAUUUAGUUAAUUACGGAUUUUACAAAUUCGGAGUGGAGGUGACGCUGAUCUGCCUGAUAGGCGUGAUCGGGUCCCGCAUGGACGUGUACGCCGUGCUGUACGCGGCGUGGCUGCUGGCGCUGGUGGCGGCGCGGCGGGCGCGCCAGGCUCGGCUGUGGCCGGCCUUCGCCUGCUUCGUCACCUUCUUCGUGCCCGUGCAGUACAUGGUGGCGGUCGGCUUCCUGCCGCAGCUGUGCGUGUCCUACCCUUGGAGUGGGGAUUCCUCGCGCAUGAAGCACAUCCGCACAUGGUUGUUCCUGCCGUACGCCGAGGAGCCCCCGCACGCCAUUAAACUGAUCUUCGAUUACUUCCUGCUGCUGUUCGCGACGAGACAGCUCCGCGUGUUCCGGCUCGAGAAAGCGCACGGCGCGGAGUAUCCCGGCGGCUCCAACAGCGAAGACAUCGGCAAGGACUGGGAAACUCCGAACUUCGUCAACCCUGUUCCGGACUUCCUCGGUUGUGUGACUACGUGGCUGGACGUAGUGAAACGCAUGGUGUUUUUAGGGAUGCUGUGGGUUACUCUAGCCAUAAUGUUCAUGACGGGCACAAACCGAGUCAAUCUUUUCUCAAUGGGAUAUCUAAUCGGCUCGUUUAUUUUCCUAUGGCAAGGAACUGACUUUUAUUUGAGACCGAAAGAAGCGAUUUUACAGUGGUGGUCGUGGCUACUUCGGUACAACGUGUCCGUUGUAGUGGUGAAGUCGUUGCUGCAGAUACCGGGCUGUCUGUUCAUCUCGGUGCUGCAGGAGCACGCCUGCUGGCUGGUGCAGCUGCUGGGUAUCGGCUGCGUCGAUAAGUUCGCCGGCGGAAACAUCGCCAGGUUCAUCAAGAUGAACUAUGAAAAGGAUCCUAUAUGUUCGGUACCUCAAGAAGACAUAGGACUCGCUUGGGACGGAGUAUGUUUUGCGUUUCUGAUAUUACAGCGCCGUCUGUUCCAUAGCUAUUAUUUCUUUAGAGUCAUCGAUGAAAGUAAAGCCACCACAGUACUCGCGUCCAGAGGAGCCGAGUUGAUCGAAGAAUUACGACAAAAACAAAUGUUGGUUCAAGAGGAACAAGAGAAAAAGAUAUUAGAGAAAAUCAAAGUUAAAAUGGAGAGGAUCAAAGCAAAUCAAAAGAAAAUACAGGGUGUUAUUAGUAAAGAACCACCUCACCACGAUAUCGGAAUUCAAUCAGAAUUCGCGUUUAGGAGAAGAGUUUAUUCGAAGAGGCACGAAGUUCGAGACAGGCCGCCGUAUAAGCCGCCCGCGAGCCAUCAGAAGGCUAUUCGUUCCGGCGAUUACUACAUGUUUGAUGAGUUCGAUGACACCGACAUCCAUAUGAAAGACGACGAAUCCAGUUCCGACGAAGACGCGCCUAAAGAAAUGGGAUUCGGCAAGUUCGUGUCCACCGCGAUCAAGACGGACGUGCAGCGCGCCGUGUCGCUGCGCCGCGCCUCCGCGCCCGCCGUGCGCUCCUCGCGGCAUCUCUCGCUCGGCAGCUACCCGCUCUCCUAUCCGCAUGAGGUUCGAAGGAAACAAUCACAAGGGGAAAUUGUACAAGAGGGAGAUGUGAAACCGGCUUUAGGUGAGAGAGAAGGCGAUCCGCCCGGCUCUGACAUAGAUGACUACGCACCAUUGCCCGAACAAGAGACUGCAUUUGAAAAGCUGAAGCGUUUCAUGGAAACCGCUUGGGCGUUCAUUUCGAGCUUUUUGGUGUCCGUAACACGAUACCUGAUGCGAUACUCGCGCGAUUAUCGAUAUGUCUCACGAACUCUAUCCGUCGAGAAGAAGAUCCUAAAGGAAAAAGAAGGUUUCGGCAUCGGACUGAGGGAGGGCUCGCAGAUGAUCUGGGAACCACUACCCGAGGCGUUGAUACAUCACAAGGAUGUGACAACCCUAGAGGAGCAGGACGAUUCUAUGUUUAAACAGGACAGAUCUCCAUUUUUACAUUUGACCUACGCCUUGUGGUACGCGGUGUUGGCGCACACUGACAUUGUGUGCUAUAUUAUGGUGUUUAUAAACCAGAUACAAUCCGCUACGAUUCUAUCUAUACCGUUACCACUAAUGGUGUUCCUGUGGGGCACACUGACAAUACCGAGACCAACGAAGACCUUCUGGGUCACGCUUAUCGCAUAUACUGAGGUGAUAGUGUUGAUAAAAAGUAUGUUCCAAUUCGAAAUAUUGCCAUGGAAUCGCGAUAAUGUACCAGCGAACGUUCCAUUCAGUACUGCACGCGUUAUUGGUAUUGAGAGGAAGCCGAACUACGCCAUCUACGAUUUAUUGUUGCUUUUGAUUAUAUUCCUGCACAGAUUCAUGCUGAAAUCACUGGGACUGUGGAAGGAAUCGUCUCCAGAAAUAGAACUCCGAGAGGACAUGGAGUACGCCCUGACGCCCGAAGACACGCAGCUCGUGGUGGAGGGCCGGGCCGCCGAAGUGGCACGCAAAUUCGUGCAGCUGCACGACCGAAGCGGACCACGAGAAGAUGAGGCUGAUAAUGGCUCAAGCAGGAGUAUCGGAGAGGAGGUACGCCUGCAAGAACAGCGAGACUAUGAAGAAGCGGGACCCUCGAAACCAAUCGACGAUGAUCAUUACAAUGUAAACGACGAUCAAGAGCCCAUUAUUGCUGUUACAACAACUAUGGAAGACACGUACAAGCAUUACCCGAAAGUCAUGCUUUUGUCAGUGAAGCGGUACUUGCGUCCGACGCAGCGUUUCUUCAAGCGGAUGUUGACGCCGGGCGCGCGCGUCACCGCCGACGUGUAUGCGUACAUGUUCCUUUGCGACUUCUUCAAUUUCCUCGUCGUCAUAUUCGGAUUUGCCGCUUUUGGGACCCACCAGGGCGAUGGCGGCGUUCAAGCGUACAUAGAAGAGAACAAAGUGCCCAUUCCGUUUCUAAUAAUGUUGAUCCUGCAAUUCAUAUUGAUCAUCAUCGACCGAGCGUUGUAUUUACGAAAGUACAUGCUCGGCAAGAUACUGUUCCAAUACGCGCUCAUCAUCGGCGUUCACAUCUGGAUGUUCUUUGUGCUGCCCUUCAUCACGGAGAGGUCGUUCAACACAUUACCGCCCCCGCCAAUGUGGUACAUGAUGAAAUGCAUCUACCUGCUGCUGUCGGCCUAUCAGAUACGCUGCGGGUACCCGAGACGUAUCAUCGGGAACUUCCUCUGCAAGUCCUACCGAUUCCUCAACAUGAUAUGCUUUAGAGGAUUUAUGGCGGUUCCAUUUGUAUUCGAGCUGCGUACUUUAAUGGAUUGGAUCUGGACUGAUACUUCAAUGACUCUAAUGGACUGGCUGAAAAUGGAGGAUAUAUUCGCUAGUGUUUUCCUGUUAAAGUGUUCUCGCUACGUAGAAGAUGAAUUUCCCCAACCACGAGGCGUGAAGAAGUCCAGCACAUCCAAGUAUCUAUUGGGAGGCUGUGUACUGGCAUUCGUUAUUGCAAUAAUCUGGUUCCCGCUCGUUUUCUUCGCAUUUGGAAAUUCUGUUGGCCAACCGAACCCGCCGACUGACGUCACAGUCAAAAUACGAAUCGGUCCGUACCUCCCCGUUUACCAGAUGUCAGCACAAUCGCACAACAUCGAAGGAUUCACCGAACAAGACUACACCCAGCUGAGCAACAUGUACGGACGCAACCGAGCGGCGCAGACGUUCCUGUCGAACUACAUGUACAACGACAUCGCCGUCAUCUACAUCAACCCUAUAUCGACCAUGAACUGGGUCAUCUCGCCGCCUGAACUCAAACGACUCGAAAUGGAGGCUUUAUCCAAUGCGUCAUUACAAGUGAAAUUCACAUACGUGAUAACUCACCCGACGAACGCGGUCCCGAGCCCGCCAACCCUGGAGGACCAGCGCGAGGUCACGCUGCCGGCCUUCGUGGAGGGACGCGCCAACCCCGACCGCGGCCUGCUCACCGACAUGCUCAACGGCACCGCGCCCGCCGACGCCUGGUUCAACGUGUCGACUUUGUUCCCGAAGUUCAUCAAGGUAUUCAAUAAAGGCACAACGAAACCAGCGUCUCAACUCAUGCCGCCCGACGAUGACCCCGAUGCCCGGCAGUACCGAGACGUGCAGCUCCGCUUAGAGAGACAAGACUCCAACAUGUACUGGCGUGUACGCGAGAGAUGCGCCACGGGUGACUCGUUAGCUUCGCUUCCGUUGAACAACUGCGACAUGCUGGUCAUGUACACCUUCAACGAUAAACUCUUCCCAGAAACGUUAAACUUCAUAUCCGGAAGCGGUAUAAUCGGGCUGUACACGACGUUCGUGUUCCUCGCGUCUCGGAUACUGCGCGGCUUCUUCUCCGGCAUCUACACCAAGAUCAUGUUCGACGACCUGCCCAACGUGGACCGCGUGCUGCAGCUCUGCCUCGACAUUUAUUUGGUUCGGGAAGCUCUAGAGCUGUCUCUGGAAGAGGACUUAUUUGCGAAACUGGUGUUCCUGUAUCGGUCGCCGGAGACUAUGAUCAAGUGGAGUCGGCCCAAGGAGGAGCCCGAGGAGCAGCGGGCGCUCCCGCCCUCGCGCUCCGAGAGGAGUUGAGCACGCACAUUAUAAAUCUCACGGAUAACUUUGACGAUCCACCACGUCCGUCGUUCUAACUCUUAAGGCUUCGUCAAACAGAACAGGUAAUUAGCGCGCGUCAGAGCGCUAAACUGACGGCGCGCUAUGACGCCGAGAUGUGCUGUACUACUAUGGUAACAUACCGUCAAACAGAGCCCCAGCGCUAUAAGUACCUACGCAACGCUCUGUCGCGGCUUUAGGACGCUUUGACGUCAGGCGUUGUAAUUUUUUACAAAUUUUAUUUUAGCGUCCGAGUGAAUGUGUAUUAAAAUACUGGAUAAUGCCCGAAAAGUUGAUAGAAAUAGUUAGGAAAUACCCAUGUUUAUACAAUGCCACAUCUGAAACACUCGAUAUCUUAAUACUUUUAAAUUUUCACACUGCUAUCGAAAGGCAAUAAUAUGAUUUGGCGAAUGCGUUGCGUCAAGGAGCGUCGGGCUCGUCUAGUCAAUUUGUCUGACAUGAAAAGAGCGCGACGUUAAAACGCAGCGCUAAGUACGCGUUCUGUUUGACGAAGCCUAAGUCCGGUACGUGUUGUAUCUGCUAAUUUUAUCUCCACGGGAACUAGAAAGGAUCUUUCGUUAAAGUCUACGCUAUGUGGAAUCUUGUUGUGUGAACAUCUCUUAAGCAACGAUCGUUUUGAAUACGCCUACAUAAUUAAUUGUAAACGUCCAUUUUUAUAUUUGUUAUCAUGACCAUGCAGUCAACGUUAGAACGCGUUAUUGCAUCCAUCUAUUGAAUUAGUUGUACAGUAAUUUUAUAUACAUAUACGUAUAUAUCAUUAAGAUUAAAAAAAUAUUUUCCCAAUGAGAUAAAUAAUAAUUUAAUUCUAAUUAUUUGAUUUUAAGACAGCUAUAUUUGAUUCGCACUCGUAAUUUUGCACUAACAAAUGAUUAUGAUUAAAAGCAAGUUUAGGUGCACACGGGUCAUUCAUAAUUUUCACUAGAUGGUAGGUACUUAAAAAAAAUAUUAUUCAACGCAUUUAAUUGCGAGACAAUUUAUGUCCUUGUCACACAGUAACCAACGUAUGCUCUCUUACGAACAAUAAAGAACUGAUAGUUUUAUUAUGUACUCACAAAGUUUAUAUUUUAGUUAAAUAAAUAUAGUUCAAUAACUAUUUUCACACAUAAUUGUGAGACACGUGUUGGAUGCUUUAUUUUUCUACCUAAUUGUCUUUUGAAUUUUUCAUAAUUAAGUGUCUGCAACCAGCUCUUAAGGUAGUUAUAGUACAAUGCACGUAGAAAUAACAAAUGCGCUAAAUGUCUUCUUCGCCUUAAAAUGAACAAGUAUAGGUAAAUUACCUAAAAUAUGUAAUCUGCAUUUUAAUUGAUUACGCAUGUUAACAUAUCGCGGUUACUUGUGAUUUGAUGACAUUUACGAUUAAUUUUUUAAAUUUCAAUCUGGUAGUGUACACAUGCAGGACUACCAAAGUUCCAGUUUUUUAUACUUUAAAAAAGAUAACUAUGUUACGCGUUUUUAUUUAUUCUUUUAUAAAAGAACUAUGUGAAAACUAUUGUGUGCAAUUUUGUUCAAUUAGAUUUAUAUUAUUAAAUAUAGUAAUUUAUUAUAUCUGUAUAAUCACAAGUUGCUAUAAAUAGUAAUAUUGAGGUUUGAUUACAUGAAAUGUUUAGUGAUGUUUGUUAGUUCAUAAAUAUACAUUUAUUAAUUGAAUGUCUAAUGAAGUGUUGACUGGUCGGAUUUCUGAAUCUUAAGCCAGAAACAAAGUACACCAUUUUUUCUAUUGUGAUCUUGUGUUAUUAAGUUGCAUUUAAUGUUGUCGGUUUGUAAUAAAACUCUUACAAAAACGA